GACUCAGUAUCGAAUUCUCCAGCUUUAGGUAGCUCGCUCUUUCUUUGACAACUGGCCAUUUCUGCCUGUCAACAUUUGACUCAGUCUUUAUUUUUGUCUUGCCCACUGGGAAUGUCUCAGCUGGGGAAGUGGCAGAUGGAAUUUAACCUGAUUUUGUGGUGUUGAAGUUUGAUAAUGUAAAGCAGGGCAGGAUAUAACAGGGCGCAGGGGAGUGUUACAGAAUAGAGAUGCCUGGGGUGCAAGUACAUACAGAAGUGAAGCAGACAGACAGGCUGGUGAAGAAAGCAUAUAACACACGUGGCAGAUCUCAUUGAAACCUAUCAAGAGUAUAGACUGGACACGAAGACGAUGUUUCCUAUAGCGGUGAAUUCAGCAAAGGUGCCACCUUUCUCAUGGUUUUGUUAAGUAAUGAAUCUGGUGAGAAUUAAGCGGUAGUGUUGUUUUAUACUAAUGAGAGUAUCCUAUGUAAUGCCUGUUAGUGCAAGGAUGUAGAAGUGCAAGUUUGCAGGGAAACAGGUGUUAAAAACGCUGAGCAACAGUGAUAACUUCCUCAUGUUGUUUGGAAUCGUAAUACAAACUUCAGGAAUUCAGCACUUGAAACUUCAAUGCUGCUGGAUUUUCCAGGCCAUUGUAUGUUAAUCCUAGAGAUACCCCAACAAGUUUUAAUUCAGAACAAUCUGCUGGAGGAACCGGUGGGGAGGCAGCACUUGUGGAGGCAGAAGGAUGAACGAUAUUUUGACACUUGACCUGACGUGACAAAAUCAGCCAACCCUCUGCCUACCCCCACUGAGGUCCUCCAGUAGCUUUUUUUCCCACUCCAGAUUACAGCAUCUGCCGUCUCUUGUGCUAUUUUUUUUUAGAUGUUACAUUAUUUUGUAUUAAAUUUAAAGAUGACCUGGAUACCUUUGAAAGGAGUGCAGGAACCAGGCACCAGUGCAAUGGAAGGGUGUGUGGGAACAGUGAGACAGAGGGGAGCAUGGGAUCUGGUCAGAAGGAAGAACAUACUCUGAUAUACUCCAGUAAGCCUGAUUCUGAACCAUCAGGAUUUCCAAAUAGUUAAUGGCAAAACAGAAUCAGGUUUAAUAUCACCGGCAUAUGUUGUGAAAUUUGUUAACUUUAUGGCAGCAGUACAAUGAAAUACAUGCUAAAUAAAUAUAGAGGAAAAAAAUGGAAUUACAGUAAGUAUGUAUAUGUCUAUUAAAUAGUUAAGUUAAAACAAGUAGUGGAAAAAAAACCCCCAGAAAUACAGAAGUAGUGAGGUGAUGUUCAUGGGUUCAAUGUCCAUUUAGAAAUCGGAUGGCCAAGGGGAGGAGGCUGUUCCUGAACCGCUGAGUAUGUGCCUUCGGGCUUCUGUACCUCCUUCCCGACAGUAACAGUGUGAAGAGGGCAUGUCCUGGGUGGUGGGGAUCCUUAAUGAUGGAUGUCAUCUUCCUAAGGCACUGCUCCUUGAAGAUGUCUUGGAUGCUUUAGAGCAGAGGUACACUACAAAGAUGUAAAAUCUCAAUACGUUACAAAAUGAAUAAAUACUGCAAAACAAGAAAAACAGGGUAGCGCUCAUGGAUACGGAUAGCGGAAGGGAAGAAGCUGUUUUGGAAUCUUUGAGUAUGGGGCUUUGCGCUCCUGUACCUCCUUCACACUGGUUGUAAUGAGAAGAAGGCGUGUCCCUGAUGAUGAGGAUCCUUCAUGAUGGAGGCUGCCAUCUUGAGGCAUGCCCUUUGAAGAUGUCCUCAAUGAUGGGGAAGGUUGUGCCUGUGAUGGAGCUAGAUGAGUCUACAAUCCUCUGCAACCUCUUGCAGUCCUGUGCAGUGGAGCCUCUGCACCAGGCUUGGAUGCAACCAGUUAGAGUCUGUCCACUGUACAUGUAUAUACAUUUGUAAGAGUUUUUUGAUAACACACUGAACUUCUCAGCCUCCUAAUCAGGUUUAGAGUGCUACAGUACAGAGGCCAUUCAGCCCAUCUAGCCCAUGCUGGUAUUAUUCUGCCUGGUCCUAUUGACUCAAACCUGCACCAUAGCCCUCCAUCCAUGCACUUAUCCAAGCUUAAAUGUUGCAGUCAAACUUACAUCCACCACUUCUGCUGCCAUCUCGUUCCACACUCGCACCAACCUCUGAGUGAAGAAGGUCUCCCUCGGGUUCACUGUGAAUAUUUCGACUUCAUAGAAUGGCCACUUACUUCUGUUUUAAAAUGAUAUUUCUUGAUGAAUCCCCCACUGAUGUUUUUCUACCUCCAGGCUGAUGUGAUGUAACAGUUUUGGAAUGCUGCUUUCAUGUUUAAUAAUGGCUAGUUUAUAAGGUAUCAGUAUAGUUACCAUGAACCCAGUCGUGCUUGCACUCUACAUCGGAUUGGUACAAGACCAGUUUCUAAUCAUUAAUGGUGGUCUGAUUCACUUUGCGCCAAGAGAGAUGAUGUGGAUUUUGAUCUCAUUCCUGAAUACCUUUGCUGAUUUUUGAACUGCGAUGAGUUUGGAAUAGAACCGGCCAUGCUUUCUGCAGUGGGAAGUGAGCUGAGAGAGGAGAAAAUAAUGUAAGAAAUUUGAAUAGUUUAGGGAGAAACAAUUGUAUGAGAUGUGGAUUAAUUAUUACAGGAAUAAUGCAAGGGAACAAUGUUCCAUACAAUGUAGGCUUGUCUGUUCUUAUUUCUAAUUCUGGACAGUGAUGACUUUCAUUAACUCCUUUUUACAGGGUAUAAUAAGCAAAGAAUUUGCAGAUGGAAAACUUGACCCAAACUUCACAUCAAAAUAUGACUGACUUUCAAUCUUAUCACUCUUUGAAUAUAAAGGGAGAAACUUUAAUUUGUCCUGUUUCUGGUGAAAGAUUUCAGACAUCAAUGUUACUGGAGAAACAUUGAGAAGCAUUUAAUGCACUCAGUGGAAAGGACAUCAGCCUGUUACAGAGCCUGAUAAUCAUCUAACCAUUCACAGCAGUGAGAAACUGUAUUGUCUCUGUAGACGAGGCUUCAUUUGAUUGUUUGUCCUGAAGAAGGACAAGGACAUUGGAUAAUGGAGGCACCUUGGAAAUGUGGGGACUGUGGGUUGGGAUUCAAUGCCACAUCUGAUCUCGAAACCCAUCAGCGAACUCACAGCAAGGAGAAGAGGUUCACCUGUUCCAUGUGUGGGAAACAGUUCGGCCAGUUAUCUGACCUCCUGAGACACCGGCGGGUUCACACUGGGGAGAGGCCGUUCACCUGUUCAGUGUGUGGGAAGGGGUUCACUCAGUCGUCCAAUUUGGUGGCACACCAGCGACUUCACACUGGAGAGAGGCCGUUCACCUGCACCCUCUGUGGAAAGGGGUUUGCUUAUUCUUCCAACCUGCUGAGACACCAGCGAGAUCACAUUGGCGACAGACCGUUCACCUGCUCGGUGUGUGGGAAGGCUUUCAUUCAAUCGUCCGACCUCCUGAUUCACCAGCGGGUUCACACUGGGGAAAGGCCGUUCAUCUGCUCAGUGUGUGGAAAGCAGUACACCCGCUCGUCCAACCUCCUGACACACCAGCGAGCACACACCGGGGAGAGGCCGUUCUCCUGCUUUGUUUGUGGGAAGGGAUUUGCACAGCUUUCCCACUUGAAGUCCCACCAGCGGGUUCACAGUGACCGGAAGACUUUUGAUUGUUCUAAUUGUGAGAAGAGCUGUAAGAGCUCAGAGGAUCUGCUGAGACACCAACGAGCUCACACUGCAGAGAGGCUGUUCUCCUGCUCGGACUGUGGGAAGGGGUUCAGUCAGUCUUCACAUCUGCUCAAACACCAGCGAGUUCACACCGGGGAGAGACCAUUCACAUGCUCCAUGUGUGGGAAGGGAUUCAAAUGUUCAUCCAACUUGCUGAUGCAUCAGCGAAUCCACACGGGGGAGAGGCCCUUUACCUGCUCCAUCUGUGGGAAGGGAUUUGCCCAGUCGUCCAGCCUGCUUACUCACCAGCGGAUUCACACAGGGGAGAAGCCCUUUUCUUGCUCUGUGUGUGGGAAGGGAUUUACUUGUUCAUCCAACUUGCUGGUGCACCAGCGAGUUCACACAGGGGAGAGGCCAUUCUCCUGCUCUGUGUGUGGAAAGGGUUUCACUCAGUCAUCUCACUUGCUGAUGCACCGGCGUGUUCACACUGGAGAGAGGCCAUUCUCCUGCUCAGUGUGUGGGAAGGGAUUUGCUCGUUUAUGCAAUCUGCAGACGCACCAACGAGUUCAUAAGUGAUUGGCCGAAAUUGUGUUCAGUUCUGGUCGUUGCUCCCUUAUCGCUCUGACAGUCUGGGUUUGAUUCUGUUAAACUGUUAACAUUAUUGAUGCACUGUACUUGGUGAAUAAAUUACUUUUCCUUUCAUUAA